AUGGCUUUUACUUUCGUAGUUGAUUAUGCCAACUUUGUUGAUUCUCUUAAUGAAAAUGACGUCAAAAUACUUAUUGAUCUUCUCAAUAAACGAAUGAAGAAAUCUCCACCCACACCUCCACUAUCUACUAAUGACCAUGUUAUUACACGAUCCUCAUCAUUACCAUCCUACAUAUCACCUUCUUCAUUUUUUAACAAUACUAUUAUCGACACCCCACCAUCAUCUCCAUCUUUAUCAUCUACAUCUUAUUUUUCUUUGGAAAAUACUACCUUUAUACGCACGCCCCCAGUUUUAAAAACGGAUAUCAUUAAGAUAUCCGAAUAUUAUCAAAAUAGGAAUCUAUUAGAUUCCAAUAUAAAUCUUAAUCAUUUGUUAAAGAAAACAAAUGAUUUAGUCAUAAAUCAGGGAUUUAUGACGACUACAUGGGACUCUCAUAAACCGUGUUUCAUGUGUUGGCGCAGUUACCCCCACACAUGCUGUUCCUCGUGUAAACGUCUAUCUGGGCCUAAUCUCCAUCUCUGUAAUGGAUAUGAAGAUUUUUGUAGGUGCCAGUAUUCAUGUGGUCUCGUAUACCCAGCUCAAUACUCACCUGAUGAUGAGGUGUCAUCAUGGAAAAAAUGUAAGUUCUAUGUUGACAGGGGUAUCGAUUUAGAAUCUGCUUUGGCAGAACAUAUAAAAACGUGUAAAGGAACUAUAAAAAAGGAUUUAAGUGUCGUAUGUCUAAAAGUUUCGAAACACAAAACUAAAAAAGGCACACGUACAGAUCCAAUAUUCAUUAAUCUUAAUAAAGAUAGAUGUGAACUCUGUAAAGAAAUCCAUGACAUACGUCAGGCAUGCCAUGGUGAAAAUUUGGAAUGCUGGUCAUCCAACACCACAUUAGUUGAUUUACCAUUAACAAUGUUAAAUCAUGCUAAUGAAACAGCAAAAUUUCAUGUUGUGUUAAAUGUAAUUACCAAUAUGCCUCCACGUAAGAAUAGCAAAGGUCAAGAAUGCCACAUUAUUCCAUCUUUUCUUUCUGAAUCAUCAUUGAAUGAAUUAUUGUCGAAAUCUUUCAGCAAUAACCCAACAGUAAUAUCUAGAAAGAAAAAAGUAACAGAGGAUCAAAUAUCUCACUAUAUAUUAACAUAUGGACAAGAACUACACAGUACAAUACCAGUGUUAGAUCCUUGA